AUGGACAGUCGGAGGGAAACUAUUCAAAGGACUGCUUUAAAUCUCCCAGUGGAGGAGAUGAUUCGCCAUCUUGGAAGCAGAUUUGAUUUGACCCCUGACCUGACUCCACCACAGGAGGCCAAUGGUGCGCGGGAAACUACAGAAAGAACUAAUUCCAUCAUUAACAGUAUUUUGACAUCUCGAGGAGAGCAAAGUACAGGUGUGUCCCUUGAUGAUGUUGACUUGACACCUAGCAGCACAACUGGUAAUGAGGUUAUGUCCUUCCGGAUUCAUUCUUUGUAUCUGCAAAGACAAUCACAAAUUCGAGGAGCUGCAAGAUUUACUUCUCUGACAUCUGCACUGAGUUCAGCAGAAAGGUUAGCUGAGGCAUAUUUUCGAAGCAACCCGGUGGGAAGAAAUCAGGAGCAGCCACCCCCAGUUGAUGAUAGAGAUUCUUCUCAAACAUUGCUGCUGUAA